CAACAACACAGUUUAUAAUAUCUACAUUCUGUUCUCAUCCAGAUUGUUAUGAAUGUAACGGGAAAAAUAGUGUUAAGAUCUUGUUAAUCGUCGAAUCGCCUCACUUCGGGUGUAAACGUUUCCGACGCAGCACACACUUGUAUUUUACAUUCCAUUAGAACAGUUUGCCACGUAUUCAUUUAAGUAAAUUGAGUUUGAACUUAUAACAUUUUUUGUAAAAUGGCUCCAAAACAACGAAUGAGGAUAGCUAAUGAAAAAGCUAGCAAAAACAUCACACAGCGAGGAAAUGUACCAAAAUCAACUAAGACGGAGAAAAACAAGACGCCAGUUAGUCCAUGGCUUUUGGCCUUAUUCUUAUUUGUUGUUUGUGGGUCUGUGAUAUUCCAACUCAUUCAAAGUAUAAGAAGUGCAUAAACAUCAGUCAUUUAAGAGAGCAAAAUGUAUGUUUCUCUGGUACCCAUCCAUCUUUGUGCUAUUUCCUCCUAUUAAAUUCCUAUAAUCCAAUAUUAUUGAAUAAUGUUCAGUUGUAUUCUUUUGAUUGUACAAUAUUAUGUAAAUUAACUACAUAGUUUUUCCCUAUGUUAAAAUAUUACAUUUUUGUUAUUUUGAAUUAUACAAUGUAUCUUAGCCAAUGUCCAGUUUUAUAUUAUAAUUCAAAUUCACAUUUAUAUAUUCAUCCAAAUAAAUAAUAUCUUUAAACAGUGAUUGUAAUGGUUUGAAACACUGUUACAUCAUAUAAUGUUAUAUUCAAAAUAUUGUAAAUAAAAUUAUUAAAACUAAUAUACUAUCGUUUAUUUAUUUUA